AUGGACGAAUGGCAACAGAACAUGUUGUAUGUCGAUUUUGAUUUAUACCAGAGGGUGUUUACUUGUUACUCGAUGAAAAAGAACAUAUUGAUGCCCCAUGGAAACGAGAUUCCAUGA